CAUAUGAUUUUCAAACUGUCCGUUGUCUUUUUUUAUUGUUUACAAAUAAUGCUCAGUUUUCAUGAAAACAAUAUGCAGAAUAACCUAAAGUGGCAGUCAUUGCUUGAAAGUAUCAAUCGUAAAGUGAUAACACCUAGUUUAACUCGAGAAAUUGAUAAUAAUAGAAAUGAAAAUAAAAUAAUAUCAUUAAUUGGGUCUAAUUCUACAAUAAAUGAACUAAUAAUAUCAUGGCUUGAAAAACAAAAUAAAAUGAAAAUAACAAAAUGUACUGAUCAAGCUAAACGUUUGAAGGAUAAAGGUAAUUUAUUUUUCAAAGAAAAAAAUUACAUAGCAAGUAUUAAAUCUUAUACAGAUAGUGCUAAAUAUGCUGACUUUAAUAAUGGUGAUUAUUCAAUUGCUCUCGCUAAUCGUUCAGCUGCAUUUUUUUUCAUGAGUAAGUACGAACAAUGUUUGGAAGAUAUUGCGGUAGUGAUUGAAUCGAAUUAUCCAAAAAAGUUAAAAUAUAAAUUGCACUUAAGAGCCACUCAAUGUUAUAUUAAAUUACAUAAGUUCCAUCAAGCCACUAAAGAACUUUCUGAAGCUGAAAAAUUGAUUAUAAAUAACGAAGACAUUUCAAAGAGCUCUAGAGAAAAUUUAAUGACGCAAAUUGAUAAUUUAUCGUCUCAGAUUACCGAGGAGUUGAAAAAUAAUUCUGACGAUAUUUUAAAAGAAGAAAAAAUAAUAAAUAAUAAUAAUAAUUUUAAUUAUAAUAAUAGUAAAUAUUUAAUUAAUCCAAAUGAAUUACUUGUACCGAAUAUUAACUUUCCAUCCGCUUCGUUUAAAUUAACUCGUAAGCAUUCGCCGACAAGAGGAAGACAUAUCGUAGCCAAUGAAGAUAUAAAAAAAGGAGACGUUCUUUUUGUAGAAAAGCCGUUCGCUUUUGUUCCAUUAGAUAAUGCAACUUCUGAUAUUCUGUGUACCCAUUGCUGUGGAUUAAUCAUUGACUCAGCCAUUCCGUGUAGAAGCUGUUCGAGUGUUUUAUACUGCUGUCGUGAAUGCUGGAUGAAAUCGUGGUCGUAUCAUCAGUGGGAAUGCUCCGGAUAUCAAUUUGAAAUAUGGAAACAAAUUGGAAUAGCUCAUUUAGCAUUAAAAUCAUUAUUAAUAUCUGUUGAAACGGAUGAUAUUACAAAAUUUAAUGACGUAGAAGAGCUGGUUACGAAUAUUGAUAAAUUAAACCCAGAGGAUUUAAUAUUGUACUCUGUUACAGCUUUGAUGUUAACUCUCUACCUAAAAAAAUAUACAAAUUUUUUCGAUGCCAUUGACAUAAAAAAAUGUUUGAUUGAUAAAUUUAAAACUGAAAAUCUCAGUUUUCCUCUUGGCAAUUCAAGUGAAGAAAGUCAGAAAUUAUUUAUUAGUUCUAUAAUUUUGCGGCAUAUGCUACAGUUGAUUGCUAACGGUCACGCGAUCACGCGACUUAAUUUAACAACCGCUGAAGGAGCUGAUGUAUUCGAAGAACAGCAGCAAAGAAUUGCAGUUGGAAUUUAUCCGUCAGCUAGCAUGAUGAAUCAUUCUUGUGAUCCGACUAUAAUUACAACCUUUUCAAAUGAUUAUCUCAUUGUUAAAGCAAUCAAGGACGUUCUUACCGGCGAAGAAGUAUUUAAUUGUUACGGUCCUCAUUUUCGACGAAUGCCUUUUGAUGAACGUCAAAAAUCUUUGAAAGAUCAGUAUCGUUUUGAUUGUAAAUGUAAACCUUGUACUGAUCCUACUCUUAAACAAUUUUUGGAUCGAUUUGAUGCUGUUCAAUGUCCAAAAUGUAAUGGACCGUUGGAAAAGUCUACAACCCAUUUAUCUCGUUGUUUGGACUGCAAUGUGUCAAGUAAAAUAGACAUUAAAGUACAGACAGAAUUAAAAACAGCAAAUGAUUUAUUUGCAUCAGCCCAGGAUUAUUUACAGAUAGGAAAAAAUAAAGAUGCAAUUGAUUAUUUAAAACGUUGUUUAAAUAUUCGACAAAAAUGGUUAUAUAAAUAUCAUGAUGACAUAGCAAUAACACUUGAUACUUUAGCAAAAGUUAAUAUAAUGAUGGGUAAUUGGUUAGACUCGAUGCCAUAUCUUGAAAAAAGUCUCACUGUCGUUGAAAUAAAAUUUGGAAAUGAAAGUAUUGAAGUCGCUAAUGAAAUUAAUAAGAUCACAGAUGUCAGUAUACAAUAUUUGCAACAUAAUAAUGACAAUUUCAAAUCUUCAAUUUACAAGGAUACUUUAAAAAAUAGUCAGGAUCUCAUUGAUCGGGGAGAAAAAAUAAUGAAUAUAAUUGCUGGUCCUUGGAAUGAAGUCUAUCAGGAAUUGAUUAACAAAAAAAAUGAAUUAUUAAGGUUACAAUGUCGUGAAUAAUUUUAAAUAUUUUUCAUAUUCCCUGCAUUUAAAAUUUGAGUUUCAAUGCCUGUAUUAUCAGUUAAAACGCGCCAAUUU